AACUGAAGGAAAAAUAGUGUUGGUUUCUGGUUUUCCUCGUUCUUCUUGCUGAGAAACUGAAAAAUAUCGAAAGAAUAAGUUUUUUAUUUACAUUAGUACUAGCUAUGCUUGGCAUCCAAUAAACGACAAUGACAACCGUGUUCUAGUGUUUUCAAUCAGUUAUUUUUACCAAUGCUGUUGUUACAUCGUCUGCUUCUUGGGAUUUGACAGUUCUCUGGAACUUUAUAACUUUUAUCCAGACACCUAAAUGAAUCGUCAUGCACGAAAGAUUAACCUUUGACCGAUAUAGAUAACACCUCUAAAAAGUAAAUAAGUUGCGUAGGCUGACACUUUCGAUAAUAUUUUUUCAAUAACUUGUGCUGUUUUGUUCGAGGGAGUUUAAUUUGUGUCAAAAAUGAAUCAACAGCGAUCAAACUCUAUUAAUUCAAACACUUUUAGAAACUCAUCUAACGUUCUAACCAGUGGAUCUGGACCACAAAUUGUCGGGACAAAUGUUCAAUCAAUUCCACCCCCAGUACCACCUCGCCGACCAAAUUCUUCUUAUACUGGUUAUAAUAAUUACUCAGGAAUUGGUUCUUCUUAUUUAGGAGGAGGUAUAGGAGGCGGAUAUGGAAUGGGAAGUAGUUUGGGUUACAGAGGUUAUGGGGGUUACGGAGGUUAUAGUUCCUUAGGCAGUUAUGGAUCGUACGGUGGUGGUGGAUACGGAUCUUAUGGGUAUCCACCAUACAACGGUGGGCAAUUCGUAGCUCCUAGUGGAGAUGUCGAAAACAGAUUUGUGCAAUACGCAGAAGAAAGCACCAGGCCAGCUUUUCAGUCUAUAGAGGCGAUGGUACACACAUUUUCAUCCGUCACAAUGAUGUUAGAAUCGACAUUUUUCGCAAUGACGAGUUCCUUCAGAGCAAUUUUAGGUGUCGCUGAUAACAUGGGAAAAUUACGAGCAAUGUUUGGCCAAAUGUUAAGCAGUUUCGCUUUAGUACGUUUUUUAAAAUGGCUGUAUUGGAGAGCAAAACGCUUGCUUGGUUUACGAGGCCACGAUCCUAACGAUGAAUCCGCUUGGGAACAAACUGUAUCCGAAGUAAUGAGUGGAACAGGAACUGAACCUACGCCUUCUACUUGGCCCAUUUUCAUGUUCCUAAGCUUGCUAGUCGCUGCUCCAUAUUUAGUUCACAAAUUAGUCAGUAGCACCAAAAAUCCAAAUUUUCAAGUUUCAGCCGACAAUCCUAAAGACUGGGUAAAAUACAACGAGCCGUUGUAUACAGCAACGGCUUUGUAUGACUUUGUCGCUAGUAGCAGCGAAGAACUGAGUUUAAAGACUGGUCAGAAACUCUGGCUCGCUCCACAGGCUUUGCAGCCAAAGAAUUUGCCAGGUUGGUGGAAGGCCACCGAUAGCAUCAACGUUGGACUAAUUCCUGCAACUUAUGUAACUAUAGUAGGACAAUUAAAGAAGAAGCCAGAAUCAAAUCCUAUUAUAAGUGAGCCAGUGCCCGAAGAAAUUGCCCAAGAUUUAAGUGCCACUACAAUAGGGAUUCCCAAAGAGAAACCGGACGACUGCAAUUUAGAAACCGACCAGCAACAAAAACCCUGCGAAAAUAGAGAGAUUCAAGAAAAGAAUGAAGAGAUUUUUCAGCAAUAAUUAAGCAUCAAACUAUUUGUAAAUAACUUAUUUUACUUGCAGUACUGGGACUGGAAUUGAAUUGGAAUACCUGAUGUCAAAGGUUGACUUGAUUUUCACUAGCUUGAAACUGUGAGUCUGAUUUAAUUUAUUGUAUCAUAUUUUAGGAUUCACUAGUUAUGAGUGAGAAGGAAAUCAAAAAAUGAACAACUUUUAAAUACUAAUUAAGCUACUGCACUUUCGUGGCAAAAUUAAUGAUUAAAAAUAAUAUAAGCUAUUAUUAUCUCUAAAAUCUAAAAAUAAUUUGACCGAAAAAUGUCUUGAUAGACUUGAUAAGGAUGGAAAAAGUCCCAGAUCUGUUUGUCAGGCACGUGACAAGCAAACACUUUUGAUUGGAAUUAGUCGAGUUAGAAUUUUGAAACUAGUCAGCAUUCACUUUCCAUAGAGAUCCUCAAGGGAGAGUUGAGACACGGGUCACUCAAAAUCUGAUUGGCGCCGCUGUACCGGAACUAGUUAAACUUGUAUGAGUUUUGAUUGGAAUGAGUUGGCGUUAUCUUCAAAUGACAAUUUUAUUUUUAAGAGGAUUUAAUAUAGAGAAUAGAGACAACGCUCAAACAAGAACAUUAUUCAUUAUUGGGAAGGUUAGUUAUUAAGGUUAGGAGAAAAUAUUAUUCAGUUUGAAACACAUAUACUUCAAAAUUUUCAUAAAAAAAAAGAAUUAUUAAAAAUUAAAACUGUUCAAACUUUUCGUGCCCCAUGAAAAUAUCAAGUUCUGGUACAGCGGCGACUAUUGGAGGGGGAAACGUGUCUCAACUCUCCCUAAAGGAUCUCUAACUUUCCAGAGAGGAGUUUAUUGUAUACAUUCCUACGACAUUAGAACAAUAAUUAUGUCAGCUUCUUCCUUUACUUCAUUGAAGUUAAAUGAGAUUCAAAGUUAUAAUUCUGACAGGAAAUUAACUGGAAGUUAAUAGGAAACACGUGUCUCGUUUUCCUUUGGGGAUAAAUCUAUUUGUACCAUUUGUAAAAAAAGAAAGCUAUAAGUUUAUAGAUACCGAAUAAAGUUCACAGUAAAAAAUGUAAA